CCACACAUUUCGCCCAAUCCGUGUUACCAGCAGCAACAGAGAGAAUCGGGGUUUGCAUUCAUAGGUGUGAUCGGCUCGGAGCGGAGCUGGCGCUGGCUGUCAUCCGCAACAAAGCAUCGGUCUGAGCGCCUUUUUGAUGCCGAGGAUCAGACCCGGAUCAUCCAUAGAUCGAGCUAUGCAUUCAAGGAAUAGGUGAAUCGUGCGUGCCAGGAGAAACCGUUUGCGCCAGAGUGCGCAUUUGGAGAGGCGCAUCAGACUGCAGCUUCAGGGAUCAUCGGACCUUGCUUUUUUUGUUUCUGGCCUUUUUAUAAACAUAUUUCUCUCUGUGUGUCCUGUUGAAAUAUGAUGUUGCGCUCCACGGCUUGCAGGCUGCUUGUCGGAUUGUUCUUUUUGGGGGUUUUGUACAGUUUGGAGGUGGUUCUUCCUGCAAGGGCAAUAGAUGCUCCAAAAACGUGCAGCCCGAAGCAGUUUGUUUGCAGGGAUCAGGUGACGUGCAUCUCCAAAGGCUGGCGCUGUGAUGGAGAGAAAGACUGUCCGGAUGGCUCAGAUGAGGCUCCGGAUGUCUGUCCUCAUAACCGUGUGUCUCGAUGUCCUCCUAAUGAACAUCAGUGUCUGGGUUCAGACUUGUGUAUUCACAUGAGCAAACUGUGUAACGGCGUCCCGGACUGCACUGAUGGAGGAGACGAGGGCCCGCACUGCAGAGAACUGGCGCACAACUGUACUCUCUCCGGCUGUCAGGAUGAGUGUGGCGUGACGCGUGGCGGACCCGUCUGCUUCUGCAAGAGCGGAUACGAGAUCAGCCAAGAUGGAAAGACCUGCAAAGAUUUUGACGAGUGUACGGUGUACGGCACCUGCAGUCAGACGUGCACCAACACAGACGGCUCCUACAGCUGCUCCUGUGUGGAAGGUUAUCUCGUCCAGCCAGACAACAGAUCCUGCAAGGCCAAGAACGUGCCUGUGGAUCGUCUGCCCGUCUUACUGAUCGCCAACUCCCAGAACAUCCAGAUCACGUCUCUGAGCGGCUCCAGCAGCCCGUCGCUCCACAUCACCACAAAGCAGACCACGGCCAUGGACUUCCUGUACACGCAGGAAACCAUCUGCUGGAUCAACGUGGGCGACUCUCCGGCCGGAACGCAUCUGAAGUGCGCCAAGAUCGCAGGACUCAAGAGCUUCAGCGAGGAGAGGACCAUCAACAUCUCGCUCAGCCUGCACCAUGUAGAGCAGAUGGCCAUCGACUGGCUUACGGGAAACUUCUACUUUGUUGAUGACGUGGAUGAUCGAAUCUUUGUAUGCGAUAAAGAUGGAGCCACAUGUGUGACACUGCUGGACCAAGAGCUCUACAACCCCAAAGGCAUCGCUCUGGACCCGACUAUGGGGAAGGUUUUCUUCACUGAUUAUGGGCAGAUCCCGAAGGUGGAACGCUGUGACAUGGAUGGACAGAACCGGACAAAGUUGGUGGACAGUAAAAUAGUUUUCCCGCAUGGAAUCACCCUGGAUUUGGUCAACAGGCUGGUCUACUGGGCCGAUGCUUAUCUGGACUACAUCGAGGUUGUGGACUAUGAGGGCAAAAACAGACACACCAUCAUUCAAGGACUGUUGAUUGAGCAUCUUUAUGGGCUCACAGUGUUUGAGAACUACCUAUACGCCACAAACUCAGACAAUGCCAACAUGCAGCCGAAGACCAGUGUGAUCCGCGUCAACCGAUUCAACAGCUCGGAUUAUCAGGUGGUCACUCGAGUGGACAAAGGUGGAGCUCUGCAUGUUUACCACCAGAGACGGCAGCCGCCAGUGCGCAGUCAUGCAUGUGAGCCGGAUCAGUUCGGGAAAGCUGGAGGUUGUUCAGACAUCUGUCUUUUGGGAAACAGCCACAAGAGCCGGACGUGUCGCUGUCGCUCCGGCUUCAGCCUCGGCAACGACGGCAAAUCCUGCAAAAAGCCUGAGCAUGAGUUAUUCCUGGUGUAUGGGAAAGGGCGUCCGGGUGUCAUCCGCGGGAUGGACAUCAACCCUAAAGUUCAGGAUGAGUACAUGAUCCCCAUUGAGAACCUGAUGAACCCUCGAGCUCUGGACUUUCAUGCUCAGAGUAACUUCAUCUACUUCGCCGACGCCACCAGUUACCUGAUCGGCCGACAGAAGAUCGACGGCACAGAGAGAGACAUCAUCCUGAAAGAAGGUAUUCACACUGUUGAAGGGAUCGCUGUGGACUGGAUGGCCAACAAUCUCUACUGGACGGAUGACGGUCCUAAGAAGACUAUCAGUGUGGCUCGGCUGGAGAAAGCAUCUCAGACUAGGAAGACUCUGAUUGAGGGCAAGAUGACCCACCCUCGGGCUAUAGUGGUGGACCCUCGGCACGGUUGGAUGUAUUGGACUGACUGGGAAGAGGACCCGAAGGAGAGCAAGCGAGGGAAGAUUGAGCGGGCCUGGAUGGACGGGACUAACCGGAACGUUCUGCUGACCUCAAAAACGGUGCUGUGGCCCAACGGUCUGAGUCUGGACAUCCCUCAGGGCAUCCUGUACUGGGUGGACGCGUAUUAUGACCGCAUCGAGAUGGUUUAUCUCAACACCACUGCACGCAAGACGGUUUAUGACGGACAGGAACUGAACCACGCUUUCGGCCUGUGCCAUUAUAAGCACUUCCUGUUCUGGAACGAGUAUCGCAGCGGCAGCAUCUACAAACUGGACCAGAACACCAAAACAGUCACUUUGCUACGCAACGAACGUCCACCAAUCUUUGAGAUCCGCAUGUAUGACGCCCAGCAGCAGCUAGGAAGUAACGCAUGUCGAUCCAAUAACGGCGGCUGCAGUAGUCUAUGUUUGGCCACGCCCACUGGCAGGUCAUGUGCCUGUGCUGAGGACCAAUUACUGGACCCCGCUGACAACACCAGCUGUAAAGCGAAUCCGUCAUACAUCCCCCCUCCGCAGUGUCAGCCGGGAGAGUUCGCCUGUAAGAACAACCGCUGCAUUCAGGAGCGCUGGAAAUGUGACGGAGACAACGACUGUCUGGACAACAGCGACGAGACCGCUGAACUCUGCCAUCAGCACACGUGCCCUGCAGACAGAUUCAAGUGUCAGAAUAACCGCUGCAUCCCGAUGCGCUGGCUGUGUGACGGAGACAACGACUGCGGCAAUGAUGAAGACGAGUCCAACACCACAUGCUCAGCUCGGACGUGUCCUCCAAAUCAGUACUCGUGUGACAGCGGCCGCUGUAUCCCCAUCUCCUGGACCUGCGAUCUGGACGACGACUGCGGUGAUCGCUCUGACGAACCAUCAACUUGCGCGUACCCGACCUGUUUCCCGCUCACUCAGUUCACCUGCAACAACGGCCGCUGCAUCAACAUCAACUGGCGCUGUGAUAACGACAAUGACUGUGGUGAUAACAGUGAUGAAGCCGGCUGCAGUCACUCAUGCUCCAGCGCUCAGUUUAAGUGUAACAGCGGUCGAUGUAUUCCUGAUUACUGGACCUGUGACGGAGACAACGACUGCGGAGACUACAGCGACGAGACCCACGCCAACUGCACCAACCAGGCAACCCGUCCUCCUGGUGGCUGUCACACAGAUGAGUUCCAGUGUCGCAUGGACGGCUUGUGUAUUCCCCUGCGCUGGCGGUGUGAUGGGGACACCGACUGCAUGGAUCUGAGCGAUGAAAAGAACUGCGAGGGUGUAACGCACAUGUGUGAUCCAGCAGUGAAGUUUGGCUGUAGGGACUCUGCGCGGUGCAUCAGCAAGGCUUGGGUGUGCGACGGUGACAGUGACUGUGAAGAUAACUCAGAUGAGGAUAACUGCGAGGCGCUGGUGUGUAAGCUGUCCCAUCACGUGUGUGCCAAUGACUCCAACAUUUGUCUGCCUGCUGAGAAACUCUGCGACGGCAAAGACGACUGUCCUGACGGCUCCGAUGAGAAACUCUGCGAUCUGUGUUCUCUGGAGAAUGGCGGCUGCAGUCAUAACUGUACGGUGGCCCCGGGCGAGGGCGUUCUGUGCUCGUGCCCGCUGGGAAUGGAGCUGGGCACCAACAACAAGACGUGCCAGAUCCAGGGCUUCUGCGCCAAACACCUGAAGUGCAGCCAGCGCUGUGAACAGGACAAGUUCAAUGUCAAGUGCUCCUGCUAUGAAGGAUGGGCCCUCGAACCUGACAUGGAGAGCUGCAGGAGCACAGAUCCCUUCAAACCGUUCAUCAUCUUCUCCAACCGGCACGAGAUCAGACGCAUCGAUCUUCAUAAAGGAGAGUUCAGUGUGUUGGUUCCUGGUUUGAGAAACACCAUCGCUCUGGAUUUCCACCUCAACGAGAGCUCUCUCUACUGGACGGACGUCGUGGAGGACAAAAUAUACAGAGGGAAGCUGUCGGAGAAUGGUGCUCUGACCAGUUUUGACGUGGUGAUCCAGUAUGGAUUAGCGACUCCCGAGGGUCUGGCUGUGGACUGGAUUGCUGGAAACAUCUACUGGGUGGAGAGUAAUCUGGAUCAGAUUGAAGUGGCCAAGCUGGACGGGACGAUGCGCACUACACUACUAGCUGGAGACGUGGAGCAUCCGAGAGCCAUUGCUCUCGAUCCCAGAGAAGGGAUCCUGUUCUGGACCGACUGGGACGCCAGCAUGCCCAGGAUCGAAGCCGCCUCUAUGAGCGGACACGGCAGACGCACCAUCCAUAAGGAGACGGGCAGCGGCGGCUGGCCAAACGGACUCACCGUGGACUACCUGGAGCGUCGCAUUCUGUGGAUAGACGCCAGAUCUGACGCCAUUUAUUCAGCCAAGUAUGACGGGUCGGGUCUGAUCGAGGUGCUCAGGGGACACGAGUAUCUCUCGCAUCCGUUUGCGGUGACGAUGUACGGCGGGGAGGUGUACUGGACCGACUGGCGCACAAACACACUCGCCAAAGCCAACAAGUGGACUGGAAACAACGUGACAGUGGUGCAGAGAACAAACACACAGCCCUUCGACCUGCAGGUCUACCAUCCGUCCAGACAACCACAAGCGCCGAACCCGUGUGCUGCUCGAGGAGGUCUGGGUCCGUGUUCUCAUCUGUGUCUGAUCAACUAUAACCAGACGUUCUCCUGCGCCUGUCCACAUCUCAUGAGGCUCAGAGAAGACAACCACACCUGCUACGAGUCUCGUCAGUUUCUGCUGUACGCGCGUCAGAUUGAGAUCCGAGGAGUGGACAUCCAUAACCCCUACUAUAACUACAUCAUCUCCUUCACCGUGCCGGACAUCGAUAACGUGACGGUGGUGGAUUACGACGCUCUGGAGAGGCGAAUCUACUGGUCAGACGUGCGGACGCAGACCAUCAAGAGAGCCUUCAUUAAUGGCACAGGCAUCGAGACCGUGGUGUCUGCAGAUAUCCCUAACGCACACGGUCUGGCGGUGGACUGGGUUUCUCGAAAUCUCUUCUGGACCAGCUAUGAUGGCAAUAAGAAGCAGAUUAAUGUGGCCCGACUGGACGGAUCCUUCAAGAACGCUGUGAUUCAGGGUCUGGACAAACCACAUUGUCUGGUGCUGCAUCCUGUACUGGGGAAGCUGUACUGGACUGAUGGCGACAACAUCAGCAUGGCAAACACUGACGGCACAAACCAAACCAUGAUCUUCACCAAUCAGAAAACACCAGUGGGUUUGUCCAUCGACUUCGACGCUGAGCAUCUGUACUGGGUCAGCUCUGGAAACAGCACCAUCAACCGCUGUAAGCUGGACGGCUCCGGGCUGGAGGUUUUAGACUCUGUGAAAGGCAAACUGAACAAAGCCUCAGCGCUGGCCAUCAUGGGUGAUAAGCUGUGGUGGGCGGAUCAGGGCACGGAUCAGAUCGGCACCUGUGAUAAGAGUGACGGAGGAAACUGGAAGGUGUUGAGGAACAGCACAUCUGGCAUGAUUCACAUGAAGAUCUACAACGAGACCGUGCAGACAGGUUCAAACUUGUGCAGUAAGAAUAAUGGCGACUGCUCUCAGCUGUGUCUACCCACGUCUCAAUCCUCUCGCUCCUGCAUGUGUACAGCAGGAUACAGCCUGCGGAGCGGACAGCAGUCCUGUGAGGGUGUGGGCUCGUUCCUGCUGUACUCUGUUCAUGAGGGUAUUCGAGGAAUCCCCCUGGAUCCUGCCGAUAAGUCUGAUGCUCUUGUACCCGUGUCAGGAACUUCACUCGCCGUCGGCAUUGAUUUCCAUGCAGAUAAUGACACCAUCUACUGGGUGGACAUGGGUUUGAGCACCAUCAGCAGAGCAAAGAGAGAUCAGACGUGGAGAGAAGACAUCAUUACUAAUGGCAUUGGCCGCGUGGAGGGCAUCGCUGUGGAUUGGAUCGCUGGGAACAUCUACUGGACGGAUCAGGGCUUCGAUGUGAUCGAGGUGGCUCGACUCAAUGGCUCCUUCAGAUAUGUGGUCAUUUCUCAAGGCCUGGACAAACCACGAGCCAUCACUGUCCAUCCUGAGAGAGGGUAUCUGUUCUGGACAGAGUGGGGUCAGUAUCCCCGUAUUGAGCGCUCUCGUCUGGAUGGAUCCGGCAGAGCAGUGCUGGUCAAUGUCAGCAUCAGCUGGCCCAACGGCAUCUCUAUUGACUACCAGGAUGGGUUGCUGUACUGGUGUGAUGCUCGCACAGAUAAGAUCGAGCGCAUUAAUCUGGAGACGGGCGAGAACAGAGAGGUGGUGCUGUCCAGCAACAACAUGGACAUGUUCUCUGUGUCUGUGUUCGAGAACUACAUCUACUGGAGCGACCGGACUCAUGCCAAUGGCUCAAUCAAGCGUGGCAGUAAAGACAACUCCACAGAAUCAGUCAGUCUGAGGACAGGCAUCGGCGUCCAGCUCAAAGACAUCAAGGUGUUCAACAGAGCAAGACAGCAAGGCACUAAUAUCUGCAAGAUUAAUAACGGAGGCUGUCAGCAGUUGUGUCUGUACCGAGGGAACGGUCAGCGGACGUGUGCGUGUGCUCACGGGAUGCUGGCGGAGGACGGCCAGAGCUGCAGAGAUUACGACGGAUACCUGCUGUACUCGGAGCGCACCAUCCUAAAGAGUGUGCACUUAUCAGAUGAAAACAACCUCAACGCUCCUAUCAAACCCUUCGAGGACCCUGAACAUAUGAAAAACGUGAUCGCGCUCACUUUCGACUACCGGGGAGGAGGCGGAAAAGGAGCAAACCGCAUUUUUUACAGCGAUAUUCACUUCGGAAACAUCCAGCAGAUCAAUGACGACGGCUCCGACCGCAAGACUGUAGUGGAGAAUGUGGGCUCAGUGGAGGGUCUGGCGUACCACAGGGCCUGGGACACUUUAUAUUGGACCAGUUACACCACCUCCACCAUCAGCAGACACACGGUGGACCAGAGCCGCUGGGGCGCCUUCGACCGGGACACUGUGGUCACCAUGUCAGGAGACGACCAUCCACGAGCCUUCGUCCUGGAUGAGUGUCAGAACCUGAUGUUCUGGACUAACUGGAACGAACAGUCUCCCAGUAUCAUGCGCGCUCAGCUGUCUGGCUCCAAUGUGAUCGUGAUCAUCGGCAGUGAAAUCCGCACUCCCAACGGCCUCGCCAUCGACCACCGCGCAGAGAAACUGUAUUUCUCUGAUGCUACGCUGGAUAAGAUCGAGCGCUGCGAGUACGACGGCACACACCGAUACGUGGUCCUGAAGAAUGAGCCGGUGCAUCCUUUCGGUUUGGCCGUGUACGGAGACCACAUCUUCUGGACAGACUGGGUGCGCAGAGCCGUCUUGCGAGCAGAUAAAUAUGUGGGAGGAGAAAUGAAGGUGCUGAGGGCUGAUAUUCCCCAGCAGCCCAUGGGGAUCGUGGCUGUGGCCAAUGACACAAACAGCUGUGAGUUUUCUCCAUGCCGGGUGAACAACGGAGGCUGUCAGGAUCUGUGUCUCCUCACAUCAGACGGCCGGGUGAACUGCAGCUGCCGUGGAGAGAGGAAGCUGCUGGAGGACAACACAUGCAUCGCUCAGAACACGUCCUGCAGCAGUAUGGAGGAUUUCGAGUGUGGGAAUGGAGACUGUAUUAAAUACACACUCACCUGUGACGGCAUGGCCCACUGCAAAGACAAGUCUGAUGAGAAACAGUCCUACUGCACUAACCGUGUGUGUAAGAAGGGCUAUAAGCGAUGUGUGAACGGCCGCUGUGUUGGUCAUAACUCCUGGUGUAAUGGGCGAGACGACUGCGGUGAUAACUCUGAUGAACUCUUCUGUAAUGCGACGCUGUGUACGGCGGAUCAGUUUCAGUGUAGAGACGGCGUGUGUGUGUCGAACUCCAGCCGCUGUAAUCAGGUGUUGGACUGUGAUGAUGCCAGCGAUGAAAUGAACUGCUCGGCGUCUGAUUGCUCCAGUUAUUUCCGUCUGGGUGUGAAAGGUGUGACGUAUCAGCGCUGUGAGUUCACGUCGCUCUGUUACGCUCCAUCAUGGGUGUGUGAUGGAGCCAACGACUGCGGAGACUAUUCAGACGAGAGGAACUGCCCAGAUAAGAAAAAGAGAAAGUGUUCAUCAAAUUUCUUCGCUUGUCCCAAUGGCCGCUGUAUCCCCAUGAGCUGGACCUGCGACAAGGAGAACGACUGUGAUAAUGGAGACGACGAAGCUCACUGUGAUAAGUUCUGCUCGGCGACACAGUUCGAGUGCGGGAAUCAUCGCUGUAUUUCCAGCAGCUGGGUGUGUGACGGAGCGGACGACUGCGGAGACGGCACUGAUGAAGACAGCAGAUGCAAGAAUAAGACGUGCAGUGCGGAUGCGUUCCAGUGUCCAGACUCUCACAAGUGUGUCCCGCAGCGCUGGGUGUGUGACGGAGACCGAGACUGUCCUGACGGAGCCGACGAAAGUGUGAAGGCCGGCUGUGUGUUCAACAACACGUGUAAGGCGGGAGAGUUCAUGUGUCAGAACAGACAGUGUAUCCCCAAACACUUUGUGUGUGACCAUGAUAAUGACUGCGGAGACGGCUCUGAUGAAUCUGUGGAGUGCGAGUAUCCCGCAUGUAAGGCGAAUGAGUUCCGCUGUGAUAACGGCCGCUGUCUGAUCCAGAAGUCCUGGGAGUGUGAUGGAGAGUUUGACUGUCAUGACCACUCAGACGAAGCUCCCAAAAACCCUCACUGCAGCGGCACUGUGCAGAUGCCACUCCGGCUUCAGACUGAAGGAUGAUGGGAAGACGUGUGUGGAUGUGGACGAGUGCUCCACCACGUACCCCUGCACGCAGCACUGCAUCAACACACACGGCAGCUUCAGAUGUGUCUGUGUGGAUGGGUUCCAGCUCAGCCCCUCCGACCCCACCAUCUGCAAAUCCACCUCUGACGAGGAGCCGUUCCUCAUCUUCGCCAACCGUUAUUACCUGAGAAAGCUCAACCUGGACGGCUCAAACUACACUCUUCUGAAGCAGGGUCUGAAUAACGCCGUGGCGCUGGACUUCGACUACAGACAGCAGAUGAUCUACUGGACAGAUGUGACCACUCAGGGCAGCAUGAUCAGACGCAUGAACAUCAACGGAAGCAACGUGCAGGUUCUGCACCGCACGUCUCUCAGUAACCCAGACGGUCUGGCUGUUGAUUGGGUCGGUGGAAACUUAUACUGGUGUGAUAAAGGAAGGGACACUAUAGAGGUGUCCAAGCUGAAUGGAGCGUACAGGACUGUCCUGGUCAAUUCAGGACUGAGGGAACCACGAGCUGUCGCUGUGGACGUACGCAAUGGGUAUCUGUACUGGUCAGACUGGGGUGAUAUUCCUCACAUCGGCCGCAUCGGGAUGGACGGCACCAACAGAAGUGUGAUCGUUCAGGACAAGAUAACCUGGCCCAACGGCCUGACUCUGGACUUUAUCAAUGACCGCAUCUACUGGGCUGAUGCCAGAGAAGAUUACAUCGAGUUCGCCAGCUUAGAUGGAACCAACAGACACACGGUGUUGAGUCAGGACAUCCCGCACAUCUUCGCCAUGACUCUAUUCGAGGAGUUCAUCUACUGGACGGACUGGGAGACCAAGUCCAUCAACAGAGCUCAUAAAACACAGGGAACCAACAAGAGCAUGUUGAUCAGCACGCUACACAGACCCAUGGACAUCCACAUCUUCCACCCCUACAGACAGCCUGAAGUGCCGAAUCACCCGUGUCAGACAGAUAACGGCGGCUGCAGUAACCUGUGUCUGCUGUCUCCUGGUGGAGGCUAUAAAUGUGCCUGUCCCACAAACUUCUACCUGGCCGGCGAUGGGAAACAGUGCAUGUCCAACUGCACCGCCAGCCAGUUUGUCUGCAAGAAUGAUAAGUGUAUCCCGUUCUGGUGGAAGUGUGACACUGAGGACGACUGCGGAGAUCGCUCUGAUGAACCCGCUGACUGCCCGGACUUCAAGUGCAGACCGGGUCAGUUCCAGUGCGGGACGGGCAUCUGUACAAACCCUGCAUACAUCUGUGACGGAGACAACGACUGCCAGGACAACUCUGAUGAGGCCAACUGCGAUAUCCAUGUGUGUUUGCCCAGCCAGUUUAAGUGCACCAACCCCAGCCGCUGUAUUCCUGGAAUCUUCCGCUGUAACGGUCAGGAUAACUGUGGAGAAGGAGAGGACGAGAAGGACUGCCCGGAGGUGACGUGCGCACCAAACCAGUUCCAGUGUACAGUAACCAAGCGCUGCAUCCCUCGGGUGUGGGUUUGUGACCGUGACAAUGACUGCGUGGAUGGAUCUGAUGAACCCGCCAACUGCACUCAGAUGACGUGUGGUGUGGAUGAGUUUCGCUGUAAGGACUCUGGUCGCUGUAUUCCUGCGCGCUGGAAGUGUGAUGGAGAAGACGACUGCGGAGACUCUUCAGACGAGCCUAAAGAGGAGUGUGAUGAGCGGACGUGUGAGCCGUAUCAGUUCCGCUGUAAAAACAACCGCUGUGUUCCCGGACGCUGGCAGUGCGACUACGACAAUGACUGUGGAGACAAUUCAGAUGAAGACAAGUGUGUGCCCCGGCAGUGCUCAGAGAGUGAGUUUUCCUGCACUAGCGGCCGCUGUAUCGCUGGCAGAUGGAAGUGUGACGGAGAUCAUGAUUGCGCCGAUGGAUCUGAUGAGCACGGCUGUGAUGUGAAGUGUGACAAUGACCAGUUCCUGUGUAAUAACGGUCACUGUAUCCCGUUCCGCUGGCGCUGUGAUGCUGAUGCUGACUGUAUGGACGGCAGCGAUGAAGAAAACUGCCACACUGGAGUGGGUCAGUUCUGCCCUCUGGAUGAGUUUCAGUGUAAUAACACUCUCUGUAAGCCGCUGGGCUGGAAGUGUGAUGGUGAAGACGAUUGCGGAGACAAUUCAGACGAAAACCCAGACGUCUGCAAGCAGUUCCAGUGUCCUCCAUCCAGACAGUUCAGAUGUCACAAUGAUCGUGUGUGUUUGCCGCUGUCCAAACACUGCGACGGCGUCAAUAACUGCGGAGACAACAGCGAUGAGCAGAACUGCCAAACUCCACCCCCUGCCGUCUGUGGAAAGAGUGAGUUCACCUGCAGCUCGGGGAAGUGUAUCAGCUUAAACCUGCGCUGUAACUUCUUCAAUGACUGCGAAGAUUACGGCUCGGACGAGAUCAACUGCAACAAGAAAGAUUCGGGUCUGAAUGAAUGCAGAUUGAAUCGCAGUAUGUGUGGAGAUGAAGGUCACUGUGUGGUGAAUGGAAGUGACUCGUUCUGCUCCUGCAGACCCGGAUUCCAGAAAACACACCCGCAAACCUGCUCAGAUGUGAACGAGUGCCGGCAGUUCGGGAUCUGCUCUCACAUCUGCAACAACACUAAAGGAGGACACAAGUGCAGCUGCCACAAGAACUUCAUCAGAGUCAACGACACCUGCAAAGCUGACAGCAGUGAUAAGCAGGCUCUGUACGUGGCGGAUGAUAAUGAAAUCCGCAGUUUGUAUCCUGGAAUGCAGAACUGGAUUUAUGAACAGGCUUUUCAAGGAGACGCCAACGUCCGCAUCGACGCCAUGGACCUGCAUAUCAAAUCCAAGCGCAUCUUCUGGACCAACUGGCACACCGGCCGGAUCUCUUCAUUCGAGCAGCCGUCAGCCGGACCCACGUCACCAAACUCAAACCGCAACCGCAGACAGACCGAUCCAAGAGUCACCGAUCUGGAGAUCCCGGGUCUGAAGAUGCCGCGUGGCAUUGCUGUGGAUUGGGUGGCCAAUAACAUCUACUGGACGGACUCUGGUCGAGAUGUGAUCGAGGUGGCGCAGAUGAACGGACGAAACCGAAAAACACUGAUCUCAGGAAUGAUCGACGAGCCGUACGCCAUCGUGGUGGAUCCGCAGAGAGGCACCAUGUACUGGGCCGACUGGGGAAACCAUCCGAAGAUCGAGACGGCGGCGAUGGACGGGACCCUGAGAGAGACGCUGGUCCACGAUAACAUCCAGUGGCCCACAGGUCUGGCGGUGGAUUAUUUCAACGAGCGUCUGUAUUGGGCUGAUGCGAAACUCUCAGUGAUCGGGAGCGUCAGACUGAAUGGCACAGAUCCGGUCAUCGCCGUGUCCAGCAUUAAAAACAAUCUGCAGCAACCUUUCAGCAUCGACAUCUUUGAGGAUUUCAUAUAUGGAGUGACGUAUCACAACAACUUUGUUUUCCGCGUCAACAAGUUUGGCAAGAGUUCCGUGGAGCAUCUGACUACAGGAAUGAACCACGCCACAGAUCUGGUGCUCUACCACCCUUACAAACAGCCCGAGAGAGCUCCGACGUGCCGCUGUCUGGCAGGCUUCACAGGACCCAACUGCAACCAGCGCACAUGUGAAAACUACUGUAAAAGUGGAGGAAACUGCACAGUUAGUCGUGGAAAUCAACCCACAUGCAGCUGCCCUGCCGACUUUCUGGGAGACCAGUGCCAAUACCGCACGUGUGAUGGCUUCUGUGAUCAUGGUGGGACGUGUUUGCAGUCCAGCGAUGGGUCGAGACAGUGUCGCUGUCCUCCACGCUUCAUUGGCAACAACUGUGAGGUGGACAAAUGUCACUACUGCCGUGAUGGCAAGUGUAUUCCUAUCAAUAUCUACCAGCCUAAAGGAGACGUCACAUGCAGAUGCACCAGUGGCAGAAUCCAACGCUGUUACACAUGUGAAGGAUACUGUGCUAAUGGCCAAUGCUCUCUCGGCUCCACAAAUCUCCCACAGUGCAAGUGUCCUCUUGGUUGGGAAGGUCAUCGCUGUGAGAAUCCCGCACGGAAUGAAAACGCUGAAUCCAGUGGACGAACAGCUUCGAUAGUGAUUCCAGUGAUUUUACUGAUUCUGCUGGUGUUGUUGAUUGGCGGAGCGGCGUUGUGGUACAGAAAGAGAAUGAGAGGGCUUGGCAAAUCCCGCUCCAAACGGCCGCGAGCCAAAGGCUUCCAGCAUCAGAGGAUGACCAACGGCGCCAUGAAUGUGGAGAUCGGGAACCCGGCCUAUAAAAUAUAUGAAGGAGAGCAGGACGAUGAUGUUGGAGAACUGCUGGACGCAGACUUCACACUGGAUCCUGACAAACCGACCAACUUCACGAACCCGGUGUAUGCGACACUGUACAUGGGCGCUCACAACAGCCGAAACUCUCUGGCCAGCACAGACGAGAAGAAAGAGCUGCUGUCACGAGGAGAUGAAGAACCGCUGGUGGACCCGCUGGCUUAAACACACACAAACACACACACACAAACAUACACACACGACAUACCGUUUGCCUUUUUAACGAAACGAAGAAUACAUGACGAAAAUCAGUUAAGUGUUAACACUGUAUAAAAUGUACAAAAAUGGACUACUUUUGUAUGUGAUUGCAGUAUUAUAUUUUGUUCUUUUACAAUUCCUCUGAUCACAAAAAAACAUCGCAAGACAACGAACGAUACAUUUUCUACGACAACAAAAAGAAAUAUGCUUCUUUUUUCCUUAUUUUUUGAUUAUUUUGAUUUUUAGGUCACCUCCCUUCUACCUUAAUAGCCACUACCUCUGUGCAAUAUGGAGUCAAAAAACACGAAAAAAAAUAUGAGAUGGGAACAAAUGACAUUUUUUUAUUUUUGUAUGAGCUGUAUAGAGAAAAAAGUGUUGUUCCGUCAGUUUGUCGUAGCAUUGCGAGGGCAACUUUGACACGGAACCGAUGUUGUUUGCUUCAAAACUUUCCACAAUGUCAAGCGGAUGUUAUCGAUUUUACAGUACGUGCCAGUUUUACUACUCCCGUUGUACGUUCAUGAUUAUUUAUAAGGAUAAUGGCUUUUCUCGUGCACAGAUCCGAACCAUUGCAAUAUUACUUACGCUUAUUACCAACUUUUACACAAACCGAUUUUUUAAGUGAGAACGUGCGUGUUGUAGAUUUGGACGCACUCGACUGACGAUGUUUCUCAUGAUCUUUAAAAGCGUUUUGAUCUAAAGGCUUCUGCUUAACAUGCUUGAGAUUAGUUUUAUAGACGACAAUAAAAUUGUGCCUAUGUAUGAAUCUCUUUACCAAACUAAACGUUUUGUUUUUUGGUGAACUGCACAAAAUAAAGUGGGUGAGUCGGUGUGGAGGGAAAGAGAGAGGAGUUCA